GAGGUCGAGAAGACAUAUUCGACAACGACCUUCAAUGGAACCUUCAUGCAAGAAACAAUCUACCGUCGUCUUGGAUCGCCCGAAGUGGACUCAGCAUGGGAGGCUCUAGGUAUCGAUUACAGGCCUUCCGUCAUUCCAGAACAGGAAGGGCAUGCGGGCGGACUUACAAAGCAUCACGUACAACGAGCGAAGAAGUACGAGGGGGGAUACUCUGUGCAGGUGGAAGGAUUGCACCACUUACAUUGCCUGAACCUGGUCCGCAAAUCGCUCUAUUUCAAUUACAAUCAUUACAAGACGAUAAAUGAUGAUGAUUUCGAUGUUGAGGAAGACAUCCUCAAGUACCACGUUACACAUUGUCUAGACAUCAUCCGGCAAGUGCUCAUGUGUAAUGCGGAUACGGGUGUACUGGGGCAGGUGUGGACACAACAAUCUUCGAGGAGGCAUCCUCACGCAUUCCCGGACUUCAACACACGACACACGAACACGAGUCUCUCCGCCAGAACACUCAUUGAAUGUGCAACAGUUUACCAAAUAUCGUGCUCGUGCCCAUAUCCUUGCCACUUGACGAGGUACUCCAUCCGCCUUCCUGGUCGCCGUGAGUCCAGGAUCUCCUCGACCUAA